AUUGGACAUUGUUCGGUAAAUUUAGUGACUCUUAUUCAAAUACAUUUCUGUUGGCCAGUUUUGUUGUAUUCUGUCAGGGAGAUCGUAGCAAUGAAUAUCUUCAGAUUACUAGGGGACCUUUCCCACCUUGCUGCACUCUUGAUAUUGCUACUAAAAAUUUAUUCGACGCGUUCUUGCAAAGGUCUUUCUGGUAAAACCCAAAUUAUGUUCGCUUUGGUGUUUACCACUCGAUAUGUUGACUUGUUCAUUUAUUAUAUAUCUGCAUACAACACGAUCAUGAAAAUUACUUUCAUUGUGAUGUCUUAUUUGACGGUUUACUUCAUGUACGUCAAGUUCAAAGCAACUUUAGACUCAAAUGACCAUCUCUUUCGCCUUCCCUAUUUUGUAAUUCCGAUUGGAGGUCUGGCUUGUCUCGUUAAUCAUAAAUUGCAGUUCUUGGAGGUACUGUGGACAUUUUCCAUAUAUUUGGAAGCAGUGGCCAUUCUACCUCAAUUAUUCAUGAUCAGCAGUACAGGAGAGGCAGAGACGAUAACUGCUCACUAUUUAUUUGCAUUAGGGUCAUAUCGUGCUUUAUAUCUAGUCAAUUGGAUCUAUCGUUACUAUGUGGAAGAUGUCUACGACUUAGUGGCUAUUGUUGCUGGCUGUGUUCAGACGCUACUAUACAUUGAUUUCUUCUAUCUUUAUGUUACCAGAGGUAAGAAUUAGUAAUUUAAACUCGCUAUUCUUGAAGUUUUAUGACUUAAUCACCUAGAUACCCAACUAUCGAUCAGUUACGUUACUGACUCAAACCCUGUUUCAGUUUAGGGAGCUAAGCUGUAGCGUUAGUCACCACACAGCAGGUCUGAUUCAACCUAGUAUGGAUUCAUUUUUAGAGCUGAGUUUUGGUAUGAUUCUCCUUGAGCCUCACCAUCUUUUUUCGUUCUAUUUAUUGUAUUUAAAAAACACCAUCCAGUGUAGUUUAUUUAUUAAUGGGAAUAUUUAUUCAGAUGCAAAGAGGAUAUUGGAAAUACCAGUCUUUUUACUCGUUUUUAUCAAUCAAAGCGUCAUGUUUUUAGCCGUUCUACGUCGGAAUAAUUUCAGAUAAUGAAAUAACUGGUCAUAAUUGACCUGUGCAUAAGCGAGAAUUCACAGCUAUCACAGGACCAUAGAAAAUUAAAACAAGCAAUGAAGAUGAGGACCCUAUUAACAACUAUGCGAAGUGUGCAGAAAACAAAAGAAUGAUGCCAAAAAUGCUGGUUUUCCAUAUAAAGGUGAUGGCAUGUUUGGUAUAGUCAAACAUUGGUAGGAAAAUUGUAUAAAAAGAACCUACUAAGCCAAUAAACUCAUGUUUCUCAGUAACACUGAGUGAAUACGUGCUGCGACCAGGACGGCAAGAUAAGACUCUAAUGCACUAUGCUUCAUACAAUUAUCAAAAGAUUAUUGAACAAGAGGAUGCUUACCUGCUUGAUUCUAACUGUCACACUAAACCUUUACAUGCCGGAGAAAUUGAGGGUGGUGUGAAUCUACCAUGGUGGUAUUAAUCGUAACUUGGUGUAAACACACCCUUUCUCGUGUAUAUUCAUAUUUUUCAUUUCUAGCAUACUCUGAUAAUUUUUACUGCUAUUACCACUGUUACUAGGAUUAUCUUUAUAUUACUUUCAAAUUUCUCGUGAUUACAUAGCUCUACACUGUUGCCAAAUCGUUUACCAUACUAUUGACUAUUCUGUUUACUGUUAAAUUAUUCGAUUUUCACCCGUUUAAACAUCCCUUGCAACCUGCAAAAAUUAUUUAUAUAUCGUUAAGUCAAAAUUAGUGUGUACAUAUCCCUGUAUUAUAUCAUAAUGGUAUGCGUAAUCAGCUUUAUAGGGAGAAUACAACCGCCAUCUGUCAUACUGAAUUCAUUAAAUCUUGCUUUUUCGCCUUCAUUGCUUAUUUCACGUUUGUAUCGACGAGAGAAUAUUUUCAAAUCAUAACAAUAACAAAGAUUCUAACUGAUAUUUUAGCUCUUACUACUAGACACAAUUGUCUUAAUUGUAUAUGGAAUGAAUCAUACUAACUUGAUGCCCGAGUUUUUCCAAACCACCCAGUCCAUUGUCAGCCAGGAUGCGUUCAAACCGUAUUAGAGUUGUCUGUUCGAUAUAGCGCACAACGAUAUAGUAUAAUUUGCUGGAUGAAGUUUCAAGCAGAAUUUAUUGCUCAUAAUCAUAUCAAGGGCGUUGAAAGUGAGCACCAACUGAAGAACCUUAGGUGAGGUCUUCCUUUUAUGGUACAACUCAAUACUUCAAUUAGCUUCAUGUGCAUUACGUUUAGAUGGUGAUAAGCACUAGAUGAAAUCCAGCCUUUUCAUAUGCAAGUAUCUGACAGUUUUCUUUAAAUGUACCAUUUAACCUAUGCGUUAUCUUUUCUUUUUUUCCAAUUAUUUUACAUAUAGUACUGAAAGGUCGUAAUUUGAUUCUCCCAGUGUGAAAAACAAGUUUUCUGCAUCUUUGGUUGCAUUAUUAUAAUCCUUUAUUUCAUGAUAAUAUGCGUGUCCUGUUGGUCAACCUACAAAGCUUUCAUACCUCAAGUGCCCAAACAACCAUUCAUUGUUAUUAUUAUUGAUAUUCUAUCGAUAUCUUAGCUUGUUUUCUUUUUUCUAAACAUCCUCUCUGUCACUUUUGAAAGAGAAAAGGUAAUUGUGAAGCAUCUUACUAUUCUAACCUACUUAGACAUCUUUCCUAACAUCGGUGAUAUGCAUGAUUUACUAUUCAGGUAGAAGUGAGAUCAGUGCAAUUCUUUCUUUUUGUUUUUUUUCAGUUACGCUAUAUGCACCUUUUUGAUAAGGAGACUUUGCCAACUUGAUGCACCGACACAUCUUUUUGUUGUUUUUCUUGUUCCCAUUCUUUCAAUGAUAAGCGAACAACAACAUAUUAGUGUUGUUAUUAAAAUUUGUUCGUUGUGCUUUUCCGCUGACUUUUGAAAUAAGAAAAUGGCGCUUUAAUCAAACUAGAGGGUUUUCAUCAUAGGUGUCUUCGUAGCAUUUGGUGAAAUCACCAUGUGAACGAUGUUGAGGCCAGGAGAAGGGCACUAGGUUAUACAGGCAAGUCGGUUGAUGAGAUUGUAAACCUUCAUCGGCUGAGAUAGCUUGGAUAUGUGUUAUGCAUGCUGAGUCCCCGCCCACCUCGACGUGCCAUUCCACAAGGAGUUGGAUGAAGUUGGAAGAGGGUUCAGGGUGGCCAGACCAAGACCUGGCACCAGUCAAUGAAGUCUCUGACUGUUGGUCUGAGCCAUAUGGGGAGAUUCAGACUACUUGACUGGGGUCCACAAGACGAUAGGAAUAGUUAGGUUGAGGAAUCUUGGUGAUAUGGCUGAAAGUCGGUCGC